AUUGAAGGCAAAAUUAUCACAUUGCCAACACAAAUAACACAGCAAAAAGAAGAAAAAAAAAAGAAAAAGAAGAGAAAAAUGGGUUUCACUGAAAAGCAAGAAGCUUUAGUUAAUAGCUCAUGGGAGUUAUUUAAACAAAACCCUGGCAAUAGUGUUCUGUUCUAUACUAUUAUAUUGAAAAAAGCACCAACUGCAAAGGGAAUGUUCUCUUUUCUUAAGGAUUCGUCUGGAGUAGUGGAUAGCCCUAAACUUCAAGCCCAUGCUGAAAAAGUUUUUGGAAUGGUGCGCGACUCAGCUGCUCAACUUCAAACAUCAGGAAAAGUUGUUUUAGGAGAUGCUACAUUGGGUGCCAUUCACAUUCAGAAGGGAGUACUUGAUCCCCAUUUUGUGGUGGUCAAAGAAGCACUGCUGGAAACCAUAAAGGAAGUAUCAGGAGACAAAUGGAGCGAAGAAUUGAGUGCUGCUUGGGAAGUAGCCUAUGAAGGAUUGGCUGAUGCUAUUAAGAAGGCAAUGAGUUAAACUUGUAAUGAUCUAUAUUUACAAAUGAAUUUAUGAAAUAAGAUUUGUAUUACUAAAACUUGAUAGCCAAGUUUCUAUAAUAAAUAUUGUUAAAACUAUAACACUCAAAUUUCGAUAGCAUAUUAAUUAUGUU